GUCCAUACUCUCAACUGUCUUGACUUGUCUUGCUCUUAUUCUCAUCCCUUGUCUCUUCAUCUCUAGGCGUCUAAGUGUUCCCCUCUCCUUUACAAAUAUUCGCAGACUCAUCAAUGUCCCAGCUUCUCAAUGCGAUGAAGAAGAAGAGAGCGGUGCAACUGGAAAGAAGGAGAAACAAGAAAGAAUUCCAAACCAUGUGGCGAUUAUAUUGGACGGAAACAGACGUUGGGCAAAGAAACGAGGACGUAGUACAGAAGAAGGUCAUGAGGCCGGAUCAAAAAGAAUUAUACAGCUUGCUGUGGAUUUAUUUACUUUGGGAACAAACACGGUUUCAGUUUUUGCUUUCUCCACUGAAAAUUGGGGAAGACCCGAGGAUGAAGUUAAAUAUUUGAUGUCCAAGUUUGAGAAAUUCUGUAAAUCGGAGAUAUCAUACCUCCAAAGACAUAAAGUCAAGGUCUCUGUUAUUGGGAAUCGCGCAAAUAUCUCCGAGUCACUUCUUGGUUCAAUACGAGAGGUAGAAGAAGCUACAAAGAGCUACGAAGAUAGGCAUCUCAUUAUGGCAAUAGACUAUAGUGGAAGAUUUGAUAUCUUGCAAGCGUGCAAAAAUAUUGCUAAUAAGACAAAAAACGGACUAUUACAAGUGGAGGACAUCGACCAAGAUCUGAUCGACAAAGAGUUGAUGACAAGUUGUAGUAAGUUCCCAAAUCCGGACCUAUUGAUCAGAACGAGUGGAGAGCAAAGAAUCAGUAACUUCUUCCUAUGGCAAUCAGCUUACACUGAGCUCUACUUUCCUAAUGUUCUAUGGCCUGACUUUGACAAGGCUGAAUGUCUCAAAUGCUUGACUUGGUAUCAGCAGAGGGAAAGGCGGUUCGGUCAAAGACUCUAAACUAUGAAUUUUAUGUCCCACAAAUAAAUUGUUCAAUAACUGAACAUGUGUGUGUGUGUGUGUGUUUUACAUUUGCUAGUUCAAAUUGCUAUUUUACUUCUUACUGUUGUUAAAGUUAAUCUAGAAACUCUCACAGUUUCGCGUUUGUAAC